UGAGGAGUAAGGAGAAGGAGCGCUUCAGCUCCGUUAAAUAGCGGAAGUCAUCCUAAAAAAAGUUGUUCCCCGUCUUUGGACUAUUUUGCAGGAUUAUAACGUUUUUCUUUUUUGUCUUGUCUGGAUUUACUUUACGAAAGUUUUUUUCCAUGGAUGGCGGGGUCCUCAAAGCAGGAGUCGGCGAGCUCCUGGCAGCUUCUGUUAAGAUGCUGUAAACUUGUAAGUAUGCUGGGAGGACUGCGUGCAACCUUCACAAAGUGUGCAUGAUUCCCGCGGAGGAACCCCCCGAGACUGAACGCUCUCUAAUGCCCCUGAGGACGACGAGCACCCCGGGCUGCGCAUGUUGUGCACGCCGUGCAACAUCCACACGUCCCGGGCGACGAGUCUAAAUCCAUGCGGGACCCUCCGCCAGCCGGACGGGACCGACGCGACGCAUCCAGGACGGUCUAGGGUUGUCGUAUGUUCCGGUCGAGACGCUCCGGGCUCGUACGGCGACUGUGGAGAAGCCGUGCGGUCGCACAGCGCGAUGGAAGCGGGGGAUGUCCGUGUGGCUCCCGGCAGCAGGGGCCGGUGACACGCGUCGGGGGCCCCGCGGGGGAAGCCGGAGAGGAAGCGGGGCGAGCCGACAAUGACCCCGGGACCAUGUGCGGGGACGAUGCGGAGACUCGGACGGUGACGUGUUGUUUGUUCGCGGACCUCAGAGGACCUCGAACUCCCCGAAAAGACAACUGCGAGUGUGGCCUGCUGAAUAUUACUCACGCUUUUCUGAAAAAACUCCCGGAGAGAAGUCUGGAUGUGUUGUUGAAGGCCGUGGAGACCAAAGGAGGAGUAGCGAGCGACUGUGUGAUGGUGCCGGCGGGCACCGAGCUGAGGGUCGGGGCUCACCGCGUCUCGUCUCAGCACCUCCUGUGCCGGAUGUACCGGUGGGGAGACCUGCCGCCCUCAGCCCACCUCAAAGCCCUCUGCCACUGCCAGAGCUUCGGUGGGCAGGACGGUGCCAAGGUGUGCUGCAACCCGUACCACUACAGCCGUCUGUGUGGGCCAGAGUCACCUCCUCCCCCGUACUCUGUGUCCCAUUCAGAUGAACACAAGCCACUGGACUCUCCUCUGUCUUACACUGAACCCACGCGCCCUCUCAUCAUGCCGACAGACCACACAGCUGAUGGACUCAUCACCGUGUUGCCGCGCUGUCAAGGAGCGGACAUGGAGGGGGGUGCUCCGGUGGGACAUGGCAAGAACGGGGCCAAGACCGGUACCUCCCUGGGCUCCUCGUCAUCCUGCGGCCGUCGCUCCCACUGGUGCAGCGUGGCCUACUGGGAGCAGCGCACACGCGUGGGCCGCCUUUAUCCCGCCCACGAGCCCUCGCUCAGCGUUUUCUACGACCUACCUCAAGGCACGGGCCUCUGCCUCAGCCAGCUCCGCGCCGACGUCAACCACUGUCGCCGUGACGACCACGACACACCAGUACUUCCCAGCUACCCCGGACAAGGAGGGAACGGCGGCGGCGGCGGCGGCAUACGAGCGACCCGCAGUAAAAUCGGCUACGGCAUCGUGCUGAGCCGGGAGCCGGACGGAGUGUGGGUGUACAACCGCAGCCAGCACCCGGUGUUCGUUCACUCGCCAACUCUGGACCUCCUCAGCGCCGGGGGGCUGAGUGUCAAGCGGGUGAUGCCGGGAUUUUCCCUUAAGGUGUUCGACUAUGAGAGCUCCAGCUGGAUGGCCCAGCACGGCAUCGAGCCUGAAAGCCAGGAGGGGCCCUGGGACCCCCACAGUGUUCGUAUUAGCUUUGCGAAAGGAUGGGGCCCCUGCUACUCCAGACAGUUCAUCACUUCCUGUCCGUGCUGGCUGGAGGUGCUCCUGAACACCCACAGAUAGCACACACACAAUAUUUGCCAUCUACCAAGAUUUAAUAUAAAGUUGAUAUAUAUUUUAUAACAUAUAUUAUACAUGUAAAUACUUGAGUCAUUUUACAAUGCAGCUAUUUAUGUAUAGUGUAGUAAUGUGGACAAGACAAACAAGGAAGAAGAAUAUGCACUUUUCAUUCUUUAUAUAUGCAUUACAGAGUUUCUCAGUGUCAUUUUGCAAAUAUAAACGCUGGUUUAUGCUCUCAUGAUCAUUAUUUCAAAGUACUCCUUACACACAA